ACAAUACUGCGCUGCAUAAAGCAUGUGCGGUCAGAGUUUUCUAAAAAAUUUGGGAGCAGCUGUCAGACCGUAAGCAGCAGGAAUCCAACAGGAGGGAGAAAAAACGAAAAAACGCUGAAAAACCUUUAAAUCCCCAAAAAGCUGACUUUAUGUUUUCUGUGUGUUCAGAUUGAUCCAGAAGGACAGACGGAGAGCGAGGGACGACGAUGUUUGAAAAUGUCCCCACAGUGUCGUCAGCCGAGCGGCAGCAGGUACUGGGAGCUCUGGAGCGUCUGCAGGCCAAACUGGUGCAGCGGGAGGAGUGGACCCACAGCGAGACCAUGGGGAACCUGAGGGACACCCUGCAGAGUCCGCUCUUCAGCCACAUCCUGACCCUGCAGCACUCCAUCAAACAGCUGCGAAACCAGGUGAGCGCCGGAAAAACAUCUGGAUCAGAACCGAACCGGCACGAGCUCACGAGACGCACAAAUCAGACCAGCACAGCGGCAGGGAAGUUUGAAUAAAAAAAAAAGAAAAAUGACCUGAAAAUCAGCAGAAAAAGAUUAAAAAUAAGAAUAAAAUUAAAAAAAAAAAAGCUUAUGUACAAAUGCGUGUACGUAUUCAUCAAACAGCUGCGAAACCAGCUGAGCGACAGAAAAACAUCUGGAUCAGAACCGAACCGGCACGAGCUCACCGAGACGCACGUCUGCUCACAAAUCAUAAAGAG